AUGCCCAACGGCACAGAACGCGGAAGCUCCGUCGUCGGUGUCCAUAAUGAAAUGAUCUAUCUGGCUGGCGGGAUGACCGUUCUUCAAGACGGGUAUCAAGAUGCGGUGAACAUCGUCACGACGUUCAACACGUCCUCCCGCGCAUGGCAGAGACUUCCUGCCGCGGGGGCCGAGAUCCCUGACAGUAGGCAGCACGCGGCGGGGGCGGUCAUCGGGGAUAUAUUCUACGUCGUUAGUGGGCGAUAUUUCGGGCAGGAGAAGACCCGCGACACGGUGUUUGAGCUGGAUUUGACGAGUCUAGAGAGGGGGUGGCGUACGAGUCACGCCCGUAUGUCUGUGCCGAGGGGCGGGCUUUGUAGUGCGGCGGUUGGGGACAGGUUGUAUACGCUUGGGGGAGAGGGGAAUCCUAGGACUGAGACUGAGGUGUUUGAUCAGGCUGAGGCGUUUGAUGUUGUCUCGGAGCGGUGGGAGCUGUUGCAUUCUGUGCCUGUGCCGAGGCAUGGGACGCAGGCUGCGGCGUCUGGGGGAAGGGUUUACAUUCCGGGCGGAGGGCUGCAGCAGGAUGGGAAGAAUGUGACGAUGAAUGGGGUGGCUGCUUUUCAUCGCUCGACGGGUCAUUUUGAUGUUUAUUGUCCGUGA